CUGUGCUUUCCUUUCUUUUUGUUAAGAAGUGGGUGUGGGUGAUUGCUGUACAGUGCAGCCCCUUGCAGAGUUGUCUUUGGAGGAGGAAGAGGGAUGGAAAGAGCCUUCGGUGUGGAAUUACCUUGGUUUUGAGUUAAGAAAGACCCACCUGCGUUCGAAUCCUAAUGCUUCAGCUAGCGAAGGCAGGCUAGUAUGGGAGCUCGGCGCUGUUUCAGAUUUUGUAAUUUUAAGGCUUAUGCCUACCUUUUAAAUUGUUGUGGGGAGUAAAGCGAGACAAUGUAUAUGAAGCACUUAGCUUUGGUACAAAACAUAUUCGUGAUUCUGCUACCUUUUCCCAUCAUAUGUAGGCAUGUACUUGCCGUUGUCUUUUCUGUAUGUCUGAGAAAUGUUGUUUGCAAGAGGUAAUGCGUCUCACGAGAACAUAAUGCAACGAGAACGUUAGCUGGGAUCGAUCUCUUAUUUUGUAUUAGGAAGGCCUGAAAUAUUUUGCCUUUUUUUUUGUGUGUGUGUGUCAUUUCUAGAGACAGCUGUUCUCCAGCCUUUCUGGAGGGAUGCAGAGCCUUUCCUUAGGACAAACAAGAAAGUACUGAUCUGAUUUCCAGCUGACGCAUUCUGCCCCUUUAUUCCAGUAGAGGUCACUCGAGCAUCUGGAAGAGAGAACAGGCUGUUGAACUAUGCAAGCAUUUCAAAAGGUUUGAACUACCUAACCAUUAUGGCACCAGGAAACCUCUGGCAUAUGAGAAAUAACUUUCUCUUUGGUUCAAGAUGUUGGAUGACCCGAUUUUCAGCAGAAAUCAUCUUCAAAUCAGUUUCAUUUAGGCUUUUUGGUGUGAAGUGUCAUAAUGCAGACAGUGAGCCUUUGAAAAAUGAGGACCUACUGAAAAACUUACUUACUAUGGGAGUAGAUAUUGACAUGGCAAGGAAACGACAGCCUGGAGUUUUUCAUAGGAUGAUUACCAAUGAGCAGGACCUGAAGAUGUUCCUUCUUUCCAAAGGAGCUAGCAAAGAAGUGAUUGCUAGCAUCAUAUCAAGAUAUCCACGAGCAAUAACACGUACUCCCGAGAAUCUUUCAAAACGGUGGGAUCUGUGGAGAAAGAUUGUGACAUCAGACCUUGAAAUUGUAAAUAUUUUGGAACGUUCUCCUGAAUCCUUUUUUCGGUCCAAUAACAACCUAAACUUAGAGAAUAAUAUAAAGUUCCUCUACUCAGUUGGAUUGACCCGUAAAUGCCUUUGUCGAUUGUUGACCAGUGCCCCUCGUACCUUCUCCAAUAGUCUUGAUCUGAAUAAACAGAUGGUUGAAUUUUUGCAGGCAGCCGGUUUGUCAUUGGGUCACAAUGAUCCCACAGAUUUUGUCAGGAAGAUAAUUUUUAAAAACCCUUUUAUCUUAAUUCAGAGCACCAAGCGGGUGAAAGCUAACAUUGAAUUCUUACAGUCAACUUUCAGUUUGAACAGUGAGGAACUGCUGAUUCUGAUAUGUGGUCCAGGAGCUGAAAUCCUAGACCUUUCCAAUGACUAUGCCAGAAGAAGCUACACAAACAUCAAAGAGAAGCUGUUUUCUCUUGGUUGUACUGAAGAAGAGGUACAGAAGUUUGUCUUAAGCUAUCCAGAUGUGAUCUUCUUGGCAGAGAAAAAGUUUAAUGAUAAAAUAGACUGCCUCAUGGAAGAAAACAUUAGGAUUUCACAAAUAAUUGAAAAUCCUCGGGUUCUGGAUUCAAGCAUAAGUACUUUAAAAAGUCGAAUCAAAGAAUUGGUAAAUGCUGGCUGUAACUUGAGUACUUUAAACAUCACUCUUCUAUCUUGGAGUAAAAAAAGAUAUGAAGCUAAAUUGAAAAAGUUAAGCAGAUUGGCCUAAGGAUGCCAAUGUUUUUAAUUCUCAGGAACUGUGAAUAUGUUAUGCCACAUUGCAAAAGAAUUUUGCAGAAGUGAUUAAUUUAAAAUGUUAUUAAGGACCUUGAGAUGGGGAGAUUAUCCUGAAUUACUUGGGAGGGCCUAAUAUAAUUGUAGGGAUCUUUAAAAGUUGAAGAGAGAGGCAAAAGAGGAGGUCAGAGUGAUCCUGUAUAAGAAAGACGACUACUUUUGAAGGAAGUUAAAAGGUGGCUUUGAAGGAGGAAGACACCUUAAGCCAAGGAAUGAAGGGGGCCUGUAAAAAAAAAAUGGAAAAGGCAAGGAAACAGAUUCUCCCUUAGAGUCCCCAGAAGGGAAUGCAGCCUUGCUGGCACCUUUUUAGCCCAGUGAGAUCAAUGUCAAACUUCUGACCCACAGAACCAUAAGAUGGUAAAUUUGUGUUGUUUUAAACCACUGAGUCAGUGAUAAUUUGCUGAAGAAGCAAAUAGAUUAACAUAGCAACUAAGUAGAUGAUUAGUUGCAUUAUAGAUGAAGUCACAAAAUACAGUCCUUUAGUAUUAAGUCUGUAUUUCUUCCUUUUAUAAGAGUAAUUAUAUUUAAAAAAUCUACCUACCCUUCUGGAAUCACUAAUGUUAGUGUUUAUAAAGUCUUAAAUGUGUACAUAAAAUAAAUGUGAAUAAUAAAAUCUAAAUAAAGGAAUAUGUUUGCCUAA